AUGAGGCAUCUGACAAGUCUAUCACGCUCAGCUGUAAGACUGGGCGGCGCUAGACAUGCUGUCAGGUCAUUCGCUUCGACUCCCCUCUCUAGCUCGUCCUCACUCUCUCGCUCUGAUAUCGUAUUCGAGGCGGAUGCUAGUAAAGUAGCAAAGGAAGUGAGGAAGAGAGGGAUGGCGACAGAAAUUUCCUCGGCGGGUAGCAUGGAUCGGGACACCAUCAUUCGCCUGCUGUACUCUCUCGGCUCGAGACAAGAAGUCGAGCGAUACCUGCGCAUAUUCACCUCGUCCUCGAAGGGUGCUUCGGGAGGUGUCUUGCCAGAAGCAAAAUUCGCAGUCUUGAAGGUCGGGGGUGCCAUUCUGACCAACGAAUUGGACGAUCUCGCGUUGUCUCUAUCCUUCUUGAAUCGAUUGGGUCUAUUCCCGAUUGUUUUGCAUGGAGCUGGACCACAGCUGAACGAUAUCCUCGAGGCGGAAGGAGUGGUUCCAGACUAUGAGGACGGAAUUAGGAUUACCGAUGCAAAGACCCUCCAAGUUGCCCGCCGAGUGUUCCUCCAGGAGAACCUCAAACUCACUACCGCUCUUGAACGUCUCGGCACCCGCGCUCGGCCGAUACCAACUGGAGUGUUCACUGCGGAUUAUCUCGACAAGAACAAGUACGGCCUCGUCGGGCGCAUUACUCGUGUCGACAAGGCACCUAUUGAAGCUGCUAUUCGAGCUGGAUGCUUGCCAAUCUUGACGAGUUUGGCUGAGAAUGCCGAUGGACAGAUUCUUAAUGUCAAUGCAGACGUCGCCGCAGGCGAGCUGGCGAGAGUUUUGGAGCCCAUGAAGAUUGUCUAUUUGAACGAGAAGGGUGGUCUCUUCCACGGGGUCACAGGCAAGAAGCUGUCGACUAUCAACCUGGACGAGGAGUACGAUUCACUGAUGAAGGAAUCUUGGGUCAAAUUUGGAACCAAGCUCAAGCUUCGUGAGAUCAAGGAACUCCUUGACACUCUUCCUCGGUCGUCAUCUGUUGCUAUCAUCUCCACCGACAUGUUGCAAAAGGAGUUGUUCACCGAUGCGGGAGCAGGAACCUUGAUCCGACGAGGCUACAAGCUCUACAAGCAAGACGCGACGGACGCCGUUGGAUCUACUCAACUCCGUCAAGUAUUCCAAGAACGUGACCCGGACGUCAUCUCAGGCAAGAAGUCUGUCGCUGAGAUCUUCGGAGAUUUCAAAGCUACGCCUCAUACGAUCUACGGCGAUGAACCUCUUGAUGUCGUCGCUGUCGUGUCUCACCCGCCUGGCGAGACUCCCGUCAUGACCAAAUUCUUGCCUUCGCGACCUGGAAUUCUCAACAAGAUUGUCGACAACGUCUUUGACGCGGUCAAAAAGGAUCACAAACGGUUGUUCUGGACAGCCAAUGCAGACGACGAGAACCGGGCGUGGCACUUUGAGCGUGCGGACGGAAGCUUUACUCGUGCUGGUCGAAGUCUCUUUUGGUACGGUGUUCCCAAUGUCAAGGAGGUCGAGGGCAUUAUCGAUAAAUUCGAGACGACUGGACGUAUCGAGCGUGUCUUCCUUCCUGUUGGACCUAGUGUUCCUCCUCAUCGACAGGCAGGAGCUGAGAGCGCGCGUGCAUCCUCCACACUGUCGGGCCAACGCAGGCAAUUUUCGACUUGCCCCGGACCGCAGGAUUUUCGACGAGGGUACGCCACCGCGACGGACGUACCGCGUAAACGAGUCGCGUUGAUCGGUGCAAGAGGCUACACCGGUCAGAAUUUGGUCUCUUUGAUCAACUCACAUCCUCACCUCGAUCUUACCCAUGUCUCGUCUCGUGAGCUUGCCGGACUGCCUCUGAAAGGGUACUCCAAAUCCGACGUCAAAUACUCCAAUCUCUCCGUUGAAGACGUAAAAAAGAUGGAAGAGGACAAUGUCGUUGAUGCUUGGAUUAUGGCGCUCCCAAAUGGGAUCUGCAAACCAUUCGUGGAUGCUAUUGAAGGUGCCAAAGAGAAGGGAGGCAAGGGUGUGAUUAUCGACCUGAGUGCCGACUAUAGAUUCGAGAAGGAUUGGACGUAUGGUCUACCGGAAAUCUACGGUCGAGAUGUCGUCAAGGGCAGUUUGAGAAUUUCCAACCCUGGAUGCUACGCUACCAACAUGCAGCUCUUGCUGGCACCGCUCAUGCCCCACUUAGACCCCUCUCAAGCACCAACAGUGUAUGGAGUCUCAGGAUACUCUGGUGCAGGGACGAAGAGCGGGGAGAAGGAUGUAGAUGGGCACCCAAAGACCAUGCCAAAAAUUGGUCCUUCCGAUCUACGAGGCGGGAUCCGACCCUACUCGCUCACGGACCACAUUCACGAACGUGAAUCUUCGACUCAUCUCUCUACCCUUCUGGGCCAAGGAUCAAAUUUUCAUCUCAGCUUUAUUCCGACCGUCGCGCCUUGGUUCGCAGGAAUCAUAUCGACCGUCUCUGCACCUCUGGCAAAAUCCAUGCGAGCGAGCGAGAUCAAUGAGUUAUAUCGGGAAAAAUACGAACAUGAGAGAAUGUGUCACAUCGCCAAAGAGGUCCCAGACGUUAUUGACAUUGAGGGGAAACACGGUUGGAAGAUGGGCGGUGUGCAAGUUCACAGUUCUGGAAAGAGGGUAGUUGUAGUCGGAGUUUUGGAUAACCUUUUGAAAGGCGCCGCAACGCAAUGUCUGCAGAACCUGAACUUGGCACUCGGUUACGAUGAAUUAGACGGCAUCCCUCUGGACCAAAUUUGA